GGCGGCCGGGGGCCCGUCGUGAUGGGCAGCCGGGAGGUGCUGGGCGAAGCCGCUCGGCUCGCCUCCUCCUCUCUCCUGCUGCAGAUAUUAUUUCGAUUGAUCACCUUUGGGUUGAAUGCAUUUACUCUUCGCUUUCUUUCAAAGGAAAUUAUUGGAAUAGUGAAUGUAAGGCUAACGUUGCUUUACUCUACCAUCAUUUUCCUAGCGAGAGAAGCAUUCCGGAGGGCAUGUUUGAGUGGAAGCACGCAGCGCAAUUGGACCAAAACAAUCAACCUCUUGUGGCUAACAGUCCCCUUGGGUGUGUUUUGGUCCUUGUUCCUGAGCUGGGUCUGGCUCCAGUUGCUUGAAGUUCCCGAUCCUAGUGUGGUUCCCCAUUAUGGGAUUGGAGUGCUGAUGUUUGGGCUUUCUGCAGUGAUGGAACUCUUGGGAGAAGCUUUCUGUGUCUUGGCUCAAGCACAUAUGUUUGUCAGGCUUAAGAUGAUUGCUGAAAGCCUUUCAGUAAUUUUUAAGUGUGUCUUGACAGCCAUUUUAGUGGUGUGGUCACCUGCCUGGGGAAUUUACAUCUUUUCUUUCGCCCAGCUUUUGUACACCACUGUUUGGGUCCUCUGCUAUGUCAUAUAUUUCAUGAAAUUGUUGGGUUCUCCAGAAUCAACAGAUAAAUCUCUUCCGAUCUCUAGAAUGACAGACAUGUUUCCUAAAAUCAUAGAAAAUGAGACUUUUGUGAAUUGGGAAGAAGCUAAACUGACCUGGAGCUUUUUCAAACAAUCCUUUCUGAAACAGAUUUUGACAGAAGGGGAGCGAUAUGUAAUGACUUUUUUGAAUGUGUUAAAUUUUGGAGACCAAGGCAUGUAUGACAUAGUGAAUAACUUGGGUUCACUUGUGGCCAGGUUGAUUUUUCUGCCCAUUGAGGAGAGUUUUUACAUUUUCUUUGCUAAGGUGCUCGAGAGGGGAAAACAUGUAAAGCUUCAGAAACAGGAAGAUAUUGCUGUGGCAGCCACUGUUUUAGAGUUGCUGCUGAAGCUGGCACUCCUGAUUGGCCUGAUCAUUACUGUUUUUGGUUAUGCCUAUUCUCAGCUGGCUUUGGAUAUUUAUGGAGGGCCCAUGCUCAGUUCUGGAUCAGGUCCUACUCUCUUGCGUUGCUAUUGUUUAUAUGUCCUCCUGCUUGCUGUGAAUGGAGUAACCGAAUGUUUUACAUUUGCUUCUAUGAGCAAAGAAGAUGUGGACAGGUACAACUUUGUCAUGCUGGCUUUGUCCUUCACAUUUUUAUGCUUCUCCUACUUCCUGACCCACUGGCAGGGCAGCGUGGGCUUUAUUUUUGCAAAUUCCUUUAACAUGGGAAUUCGGAUCACCCACAGCAUUCACUACAUCUACAGCUACUAUAGAGAGAGCCCUCACAGGCCUUUGGCGGGCCUUCUCCUUUCGCCAUGGCUGAUCUUGGCCUAUGUGAUCAGCGGCGUCAUGACGGCUACUUCGGAGGUAUUUCUCUGCUGUAAGAGAGGCUGGCUGGCAAGGUUGCUGCAUAUCGCUGUGGGGGCUUUGUGCUUGGGAGCUAUCCUCACAAUGAUAUUCUUCAGGGAGACCAAACUGAUUCAUUUUGUUAGAACGCAGUUCCUGCCCAGAUAUACCAAGAGAAAGAUAUGAACAAGCCAUUAAUCAGUUCAUAUAAACACCUAUUCACAUAUAUUUAUAUAUACUGGGAAGGUAUGUGGUUUACAUGCAUAUUUCCUGUUUAAAGGAAGAUUAACAAUGUUAAGAACCCAGUGGGGUUCCGAUAUACACAAAUUAAAGGACUUUAAGCAACCAAGACUGAGGAUCUGAAAUAUGUUGAGGAAAAUGUUUGGUUUACACUUUGAAGUAAUGAGACAUUGGAUUUUGAAACAAAGCCACCCAAUUCUCAUGUAGCAGAAGUAAUUAUUCCUUUAUCAUUUGGUCUAAUCAAUAAUUUUUUCCUUUCCAUUAAUCCUUUCUGGCUUUGAAAUACCUAGAUUGUAAACCAACUACUGUACAGAAAACUCAGUACCUCUAGGAUUAAAAUAGUUGCAUAGCCCACACAAAAUGAUGCCAUUUUACCUGACUUUGGAAAUUUUUGUAAUUUAUUUCCCUAAGAAGGAAGAACACACAUGGUUAUCAAUCCAAAAUAUGAAGAAACAACAACCCCCCCAAAAAAGCCUUUACGUGGUGACUUUUGAGACAACUAUCAUUGUCACGUUUUAGCCUUUGGAGCAAAAACAGUAAGUUAUUUACGAAA